GGUCUCGAACUCCUGACCUCAGGUGAUCUGCUCGCCUCAGCCUCCCAGAGUGCUGGAAUUACAGGCGUGAGCCACCACACCCAGCCCAACUUGCUGCUUUUUUGACUUCAGCCUGCAGGCUUGCAAAAACCAGCAAAUAAACCAAGCAGCCCUUCCUGUUGUGCCUUCCUCCUCCCUUUCAUAGCUAAAUUUCCUGGUCGCCCACUGCAAAUCUGGCUUCCGCCUCCACCACUGAUGAAACUGUACUCUUAAAGGUUACGAAAAGCUUGCUAAUUAACAAAUGUAGGUACUUUUUUCCAAUUUAAUUUUAUCCACAUAAUAAUUGACAGAGCCAACAAAUUCUUUCUCUUGCAGAGGGUUCUGCCAUCAUACUUUGCUGUUUCUUCUCCCUAUCUGACCCCCUUCUAGCCUCAUUCUGGCCCCUCCUAGAUGUUCCACAUUUGUGUCUCUCUCCUUUAUAAAUUAUUCCUGGGUUAUCGAAGCCAGAGGUCCUUAAAGUAUGAUCUCCCAGCUGGCAGCAUCAGCAUCAUCUGAGAUCUUGUUAAAAAUGCAGACCUGGCCAGGGCGCAGUGGCUCACGCCUGUAAUCCCAGCACUUUGGGAGGCUGAGGUGGGCGGAUCACGAGGUCGGGAGAUCGAAACCAUCCUGGCUAACACAGUGAAACCCCGUCUCUACUAAAAAAUACAAAAAACUGGCCGGGUGUGGUGGCAGGCGCCUGUAGUCCCAGCUACUCGGGAGGCUGAGGGAGGAGAAUGGCGUGAACCCGGGAGGCAGAGCUUGCAGCGAGCCAAGAUCGUGCCACUGCACUCCAGCCUGGGCGACAGAGCGAGACUCCGUCUCAAAAAAAAAAAAAAAACAAACAGACUUGCCCAAGACCCUCCAAAUCUGAAAUACUGGGGAUAGGGCCCAGCACUCUAUUUAACAAGCUCUCUGAGUGAAUAAGAUGCAUGCUCAAGUUUGAGAACCACUGGUCUAUAUCUUUAGCCUUCUCUGAUACUUGAGGCUCAGUUGCAGAGCUCACAUUCUCUGAAGCCCCAUAUCUGUAGUUCCAUCUUCCUCUUGGGCAGCUCCAUCUGGAUGUCCUGCAGAUUAGGUUUUAUAAGUGGGGAGAUAAUUAAAUUGGAACCUCCGAACUUCGAGUAAUGUGUGUGUGUGCUGAUAAGAUUACAUGUCUGCCUUGAAAUGCAGGUCCUGAGCAACCACCACAGAUUGUGAAUUUAUAAAUUAACCUCUUACUGUCCAAUUUCCCUUCUUACACUUGUCAGUGAAAAUGAAGAAAAAUAUCCUAACUAUAAAUUUUUUCACCCUAUUUUUAAGUAAUAGCCAUGAUUGUAAGUGAGGCUGUGUGGUUCCUUGAACUUUGAACUGAAGUCUGUUCUGAUCUUGCCAGGUAUUUUCUAAGGCCUUCUAUUUUUGUUCAGUUGAAACCAGUCUCAAAGGGUUAGAUAAAAUAUAUCACACUGUUUUUUGAAGUUUUCUUCUGAAUGUUGUGGCAGAAACACACACUCAGGUUCUUGUCUCUUCCAUAUUCCCACUCCUGUAGUAGCAUGUUCUCUGUACUAGGAUGGAAAAUUUGCUAAAAUAUAAAGAAUUGCUAAAACAUGAACAAGGUAGGUUUAUCUUACUCUUUUUGUGCACAAGACAAAGGAUUUAAAACUGGGUUGGAUUUAUUUGGAAUGAGUGUUUAUAGCAUGUUUCUUCACCCCAGCUCCACUUAGAAAAAAAUUGAUAGCAAAAAUCCUUCUCCACAGAAUCUGUUCGACCAGUUGCUAGGUUAUGAAUAAUAACAGUGAGGCAGCAGCUGCAGCUGCUGUUGCUGAGGUGGAAAAUGUGCACAGAGGAGUGAAUAAGCAGCCAAGGCUCUGACCUGUGAUCUUUUCAAACAGCCGUGUGUAGCGAGGAGCUGCUGACAGGCCACCACACAAAGCCACUAAUGGAAGAGGCACACAAAUGCUGUCGUACACACUUCUCCAGCAAGACUUGGAUUUAUGGAAAUCAUUUGGGUUGGAAAAUAAAUGGGGUACUCUUUACUGUCUCUGUAAAAUGAGAUGAUGGCUUAGCUCAAGUGAAGAUGAUUGGAUUUUUUUGGUUCCACCUAAGAAGGAAGAGAGGUUCAGAUUAAAUUAAUUGCUCAUGGGAGAUGAGUAAGUAAACAAUUUUAAGAUCUUUGAGGUCAGAGACCAUAUCAUUUUGUUUUGCUUUGUUUUUGUUUUUUGAGACAGGGUCACCCAGGCUGGAGUGCAGUGGCACAAUCACAGUUCACUGCAGCCUUGAACUCCUGGGCUCAAGGGUUCCUCUCACCUCGGUCUCCCAAAAUGCUGGGAUUACAGGCAUGAGUCACCGCACCAGGCCCAUAUCCUAUUAUUUGUAAGCUCCUAGUACUCAUACUGUUGUAUGUACAGUCUGCUCUUUGUGUCUGUAUCUGUGAGUUCUGCAUCCAUGAACUCAACCAAGCUGGGAUGGAAAAUAUUGGGACAAAAAAUUGCAUCUGUUCUGAACAUGUACAAACUUUUUGCUUGUCAUUCCCUAAGCAAUACAGUAUAACUAUUUACAUAGCAUUUACAUUGUAUUAGGUAUUGUAAGUAAUCUAGAGAUGAUUUAAAGUAGGAAGGACGGGCCGGGCGCAGUGGCUCACGCCCAUAGUCCCAGCACUUUGGGAGGCCAAGGUGGGUGGAUCAUUUGAGGUUAGGAGUUCGAGAGCAGCCUGGCCAACAUGGUGAGACCCAGUCUCUACUAAAAAUACAAAAAUUAGCCGGGUAUGGUGGCACACGCCUAUAAUCCCAGCUACCCAGGAGGCUGAGGCGGGAGAAUUGCUCGAACCCGGGAGGUGGAGGUUGCAGUGAGCCGAGAUCACACCACUGCAGUCCAGUCUGAGCAACAGAGUGAGACUCCAUCUCAAAAAAUAAAUAAAGUAGGAAGGAUGUGCAUAGGUUAUAUGAAAAUACAACACUCUUUUUAUAUCAGGGACUUAAGCAUCCCUGGAUUUUGGUAUUCUCAGUGUGUCCUGGAACUAAAGCCUUACAGAUAACCCGAGAAACAACUGUAGAAGGAGCUCUUCUCCUCAAGAAAUGAUUAAUGGCUUUCCAUAGCCUCUGGAUAAACUUUUUAGCAUGCCAUUCACAGUCUGGCCCCCAGCCUUUUGGGUCACUUACCACAUCCUUCUCACUGUUGAGACUACUCAGAAUUUGUCACACUUGCCAUGUACCUCCAUGAUUUUGCGCAUGCUGUUCCCUCAAUUUGACAGGCCUUCGCCCUCCCCUGGUUUCCACCGAUCACACCUGACUCACUUGCAGCCCAGCUCAUGCUGAAGCUUUCCCUGAUACUUGGGUCAGACCUAACUCUCCCUGUGGCAGCUCUGUUGGAGUUUGCAUCCUGACCUGCUCUGGCCUUCCAUUACCAACACAGUGUUCUACAACCUGCUUUCUUUAUUUUGUAUUUUUUUUUGAAUUUUGAAUUUUUUGAGGCAGGGUCUUGUUCUGGCCCAGGCUGGAGUGCAGUGGUAUGAUCACAGCUCACUGCAUCCUUGAUUUGGGCUCAAGCAAUUUUCCCACCACAUCUUCUUGAGUACCUGGGACAACAGGCAUGCACCACCAUGCCUGGCUAAUUUUUCUUUCCCCUCUGCUCCCCUCCCCUCCCCUCCCUUCCCCUUUCCUCCCUCCCUCCCUCCCUUCCUUCCUCCCCUCCCCUCCCUCCCUCCUUCUUUUCUUUUAUUUCCUUCUUUUUUCUUUUUUUGUAGAGACAGGGUUGAAAACUGGCUUCAAGCAAUCCUCCUGCCUUGGCCUCCCAAAGUGCUGGAUUACAGGUGGGAGCCACAGUGCCCGGCUCUGCACCCUGCCCUCCAUACCCGUGGAAUGUGCCAAGAUUAAAACUCAGAGGGCUUGAGGCCUGCACCACUAUAUGGCUCUAUGACUGGAUAAGUUACUCAAUUUGUCUAAACCACAAUUUAGAGGAUAUUCUUUACCUGUUUCACAGGAUUAAUUAAAAAUUAAGAUAAUAUUUGAGAAUUUUCUUGGUAAACUCAACAGUAAUUUAUAAAUGAUAGUGAAUUUGAUAAAUUUCACUACAGGGAUGUCUGUGAAGGCAGGCAGGAGUGUGUUAUACUUUGCUGUCUUAGUAAAUGUUCGCUGCUCUUUGUGUUCUGCGCAAGCACUUAUCACAGAGCCUCACAGAGUCAAUUUUCAGUAAUUGUGCCUGCUGAGUUGAAGUAAAGUAGGGAGCUGGUAGAGGGCAGAGCCAUGAUUCCUGUUUAGGGAGAGCACCUCAAAGGCAGGGGCUCUGAGGCUCCAGUAAACUCAAUAGUCAAGGACUUAGGAUAUACAGGAAAGGGAGUUGAUGUUGGGUUAUGGCUGGGGUGGGGGAGUUGUUUGUGAACAAGAGGAGGACCCUUGGCAAAAUUUUGCCUGAUGACUAGAAUUCAAGCUUUUAUUUGACUGGGAAAGAGUUAAUAACUUCCCAAGUGUGCUAUUAUUUGCAUAUUACCAAACUCUGGCCUUUAUACUCAUUCUAAACACCCACAGAUUUGUAUAUCUGUAUCCAUGCCUACGUAUUUCUAUUAUCUUUUUAAAACCACUUCAGCACGCCUGUUAUAUUGGUUGCACCAUAGUUUUACAUAACUCUGGACACAAAUUUAAAAGGAAAUGGCAGAACACAAGCAGCAACAAUUUAGGCAAGGCUAUUUAUAAUUCUACAGUUCAGUCACUGUCUUCACUAGAAGGUCAUGGAUUAUUUUGUAUAUUUAUAAAUGCAAAGAGCUUUUCCAAGGAGAAUGAAAUAAUAUCUUGAGCUCUUCUGAGCAAAGGUGCAAUGUAAAUGCAAAGUGGAACAUAAUUAUCACUGGGCAGAGAACAGUCUUAGGAAUCUUCCUUAUUGGCUGACCUUAAGCUACAAUGGUCUUAUUCCAGACUGGGAAUGUAAAACAGAGAAGGAGGUGAGGAGAGACACAGAUACUCAGCAUUCAACCAAGAAAAGACUCUUUUCCCUUGAAAGUGCUGGAUUUUCACUCCAGGAAGGUGAAUAGGGUUUAUGGCAGAUCUCCUUGGCAGUCAUUCUCUCUGUGAGUUCUUGAUUUUGGAUGGGGGUGGUGGUGUGUCCAGCUAGAGGGAGGAAUCAUGAUUGUCUAAACUAGUCAUGGCCAUCCCAGUCUUCUUUGCUAGAUACUUGAGUAAUCUCUUUCCCAGUUUCUCUGUUCUGGCCAGUGAGAUGUAAGAGAGAGUCUGCUGAGUUCUUGUGAGAACUGCUUUAUUUCAUAAUUAAAGAGAACAACUAAGAGAGUACUUCCUUCCCUUCCUGUUUGGGUAAGGACUUGAUACUGCAGGAGCCACCUUGCAUCCAUAAAGGAGAAGUCAAAGGAAUCUGAGAGACAACAGCCCAGACCCCCAUCACGGAGCUGCAUGUGACCCUGGAACUUAACAGCUUCCAGUUGUUCCCUAGACAGUCAUUGUCUUUAUGGUGCCUUUUUCCCCAUCAGGGAGGAAGGUGCCUUGCUUCAAGUCUUUUCAAUUAAACUGCAGUUUAACAGAGAAAAUUGCCUUAUGAACAGUCAAAAGUCAGUACAACUUAAAUAUGGCAGUUUAUCUCAGGACAUCUCCCAGCACACGUCCUCCUGCGAGCAAGCUGCUCUCAAAACCAAGGCAAUGGGAAAAUGGUCAGAAACAUGACUUCUGUAUUUUCCAGUUCAUACACUGAAGACAGCAUUCAUUCAUUCAUUUGGAAAGUCAGCCAGUGAACAAACAUUUAUUAAGGACCUUGCCAGUCCCAGGUGCCACUAUGUGCUGGGUACUAGAGUCACAAGCUAGAGUCCCUGUCCUCCUGGAGACAGACGUGAAACAAAUAUUCCACCAGAAGUAAUGAUAGUUGAGAUCAGUGCCCUGAGAGUGAGUAACUGCAAGAUAGGGGUGGGGACAGUGGCAGUGAUCAGAGACGGCUUCUCCAAGGGAGGAACAUGUAAACUGAAGUCACCAUCUAGUCUAGAUUAGUUUACUUCAGGAUUAUUCAGAAUUCUGCAGAUGAGAAAUGAGGAGAGCAGUAGGGAUACAGAGGGAGACUGUAUAUACCAAGAAAUAUAGGAGGAGAAAUGAUGGAACUUGGCGAUUAAUCAAUGUGGAAGUGAGAGAGUGGGUAGAAUCAAGGAUGUCUCCCAGGCUUGGGCCACUGGGUGGAUGGAGACACAUUCAUUAGCAUGGUCAAUUACAAAAAUGGACCCCAUUCUCCAUCACUCUCUGCUUCCUUGCCCUUUCACACGUGACUUUUCUGCUGUUUCCACAAAGGGGCGGAGUGUAUUUCCCUACUCUUUGAAUAUGGGCUGGCCCCAUGACUUGCUUUGGCCAACAGAAUGCAGCAGAAGGGAUGGGUUCCUCCUCAAGGCCUAGGUCUCAAGAGGCCUUAUCCAUUUCCACCCACUAUCUUGGAACUCUGCUCAGCUACCAUGAAGGCAGGCCCUGGCCAACGUGCUGAAUGAGAAGAGACAUGUAACUCAGUCACUACCCUCCCUCAUCACAGCCAACAGCUGCCAGACAUGAGUAAGGCUAUCCAAGGGCAGCCAGCCCCCACCUCCAGAACCUGGAAGCUCCCUGCAGAUGCAUCAAAGGGCUCAACAACUGUAAGUGAUUGUUGUUCUAAGCCAUCUAGUUUGGUGUGGCUUGUCAUGCAGCAAAAACUGGUACAACCAGGGUAGAGAAAGGUAUGAAUUAGGGUGGGGCUGUCUAAUAGGCGAUUAGGCAGGUGAGGCUGGAACACAGGAGGUCAGAGGCAUGAAGGUCUUCUAACUGUUCAAGGUUAAAGUCCUGAGGCUUCUGCUGUACUAUUUCUGGUGGGCUCCAGAAAUCCAAGAACCAGUCUAUAGCUCUGUGUCCUGUUCCUCACACUGCCCCCCACCCCACCCUAGACCCCACCAUGCACCUGGAAGUAAAUAUUUGGAUACUGAAGCAAAUGCAUGACUCAAGCACAUAGGAUAGUAUUAAUGAUGGACACUUAGUGCGGGGCCAGGGCCCCCAGCCAGUGGAGUGCUCAUGAGUGUUCAGGAAUGAGCCAGUGCAACCCUUGCCUGCAGAGGAGGGGCUGGGCAUGGAUACUGAGCUGCUAACCAUCACUGCCCCUAAGGGGACUUCAUCUAUCCCUAGCAAGGUCACAGUGACUGCAGUUGCCUCCACUGAUACUAAUUCAGAGCUCUUGCCCGCCCCCCCCUUUUCCCAUAUUAAUGUUACCCCUUAGCAUCUUUUCUUUUCUUUUCUUUUUUUUUUUUUUUUGAGACGGAGUUUCGCUCUUGUGGUCCAGGCUGGAGUGCAGUGGUGCCAUCUCGGCUCACUGCAACCUCCGCCUCCCUAGUUCAAGCGAUUCUGCUGCCUCAGCCUCCCGAGUAGUUGGGAUUACAGGCGCCCACCACCACGCCCCGCUAAUUUUUGUAUUUUUAGUAGAGACAGCGUUUCGCCAUGUUGGCCAGGCUGGUCUUGAACUCCUGACCGCAGAUGAUCUUGCCCACCUGGGCCUCCCAAAGUGCUGGGAUUACAGGCAUGAGCCACCGCGCCCAGCCCCUUAGCACCUUUUAAAAAUAAAAAGGGCAGCGUUUUACAGGAAUCUGUCCCAUUGUUGCAGAAACAUCCAACUGAUUGCACUUUUUCUUCCUCUCUCGUCAACUCGUAACUCCUAUCUCAAGUUCACCCACAGGUCUAGUGACUCCGGCUGGCUGCUGCGGGGCGAGGAGACUCGCAGAGUGCCUGACUAGAGGCCACUCGCGCGCUCUGGACGGUGGCCGUAUCUCCAGGGUCUGAGCCCCGGAGCCGCAGUCCUGCCGCAGAGCGCCUGGAGCCGCGAGCAGCGAGCAGCCGGGCGAAGCGCACAGCCUCGGCGAUAGUCAGCUCCGCGGCCUCUGCUCCCGCCCCUCCCGGCCGCUCCGGGAAGGGGCGGAGACGAGGAGGAGCUGGGACGGCCGCCGCGCUCCCGGGCGCACCAAGCCCUUUAAAAGCCGCGGGCCUUGACAGUUCUGCAGGCAGCCACCGCGGUCCCGGACCUCUAGUCCCGCACUCCCCAGCUGGCGAGCCCGCUCCGGGUGCGGCGAGGCCCAGCCCUCUCGGAUUGCGCGCCGGACCCCGGGACGCGCUCCAUGCGGCCGCUCAGCAUGUCCGGGCACUUUCUGCUCGCACCCAUCCCCGAGUCCUCCUCGGACUACCUACUGCCCAAGGACAUCAAACUGGCGGUGCUGGGCGCCGGCCGCGUGGGCAAGAGCGCAAUGAUCGUGCGCUUCCUGACCAAGAGAUUCAUUGGAGACUAUGAACCGAAUACAGGCAAGCUGUAUUCACGGCUGGUCUAUGUCGAGGGGGACCAGCUCUCCCUGCAGAUCCAGGAUACUCCCGGGGGCGUCCAGAUCCAAGACAGCCUCCCCCAGGUCGUCGAUUCCCUGUCCAAAUGCGUGCAGUGGGCCGAGGGUUUUCUGCUGGUCUAUUCCAUCACAGACUAUGACAGCUACUUGUCCAUCCGACCCCUUUAUCAGCACAUCCGGAAGGUCCACCCUGACUCUAAAGCCCCUGUCAUCAUCGUGGGCAACAAGGGGGACCUUUUGCAUGCACGGCAGGUGCAGACACAGGACGGUAUUCAGCUAGCCAAUGAGCUGGGCAGCCUGUUCCUUGAAAUUUCCACUAGCGAAAACUACGAAGAUGUCUGUGAUGUGUUUCAGCAUCUCUGCAAAGAAGUGAGCAAGAUGCAUGGCCUCAGUGGGGAAAGAAGAAGAGCCUCCCUCAUCCCUCGGCCCCGCUCUCCCAACAUGCAGGACCUGAAGAGACGCUUCAAGCAAGCUCUGUCUCCCAAAGUCAAAGCCCCCUCUGCACUGGGGUGAACUAUCUCAGACAGAUGCCUCUCCUUUUUAAUACACAUUUGUGCAGCUAAAAGACUGGGCUUCUCCCUUUUUAAUCACACAUUCAGAGUUUAUUUUUAUAAAAAAAUUGAUUUUCAAGUACAUGUGUAUUUCUGAAAAUUCAAACAGUGAUUGCCUAGAAGCUGGAUAAAAUUUUGUUUUGUUUUAUGAAAAGAA